CCGGCCGACGCUGCGGCCGCCGAGGAGCCCCGGCCCGCCGCGGGCAGCGUGCCCAGGCCCAAGCACGACUUCCUCGAGCGCCUGCCCAGCUCCGUCCGGGGCCGCGUCCUGGCGCUCAAACAGCUGCAGAAGCGCUGCGACAAGAUAGAGGCCAGAUUCGACCAGGAGUUCCAGGCCCUGGAGAAAAAGUACAACGACAUCUACAAGCCCCUGCUCGCCAAGAUCCAGGAGCUCACGGGCGAGAUGGAGGGCUGCGCGUGGGCCUCGGAGGGGGCGGACGGGGUCGGGGACAACGAGGACGAGGACGAGGACGGGGAUGACGACGAGGACGACAGCGAGGACGGGGACCAGGGGGCCGCCGCGGGAGCCAGCGGGGCCCCGGCGCCCGGCGACCCCAGGAAGUAAGAGGGCGGGUCCGUGGAGACGGCGACAGACCCCUGUCCUGUUCCUUAACAUCCGCGGACUCUGCGAGGCUCAGGUUUCGGACCGAAAUACAAUGUGUAUUCCGACAUUCCCCAGUUACACUGAAGCAAUUAGAUCCCCGCCAGCCCAUUUCAGAGUUGACUUUCCUCUUGGAACACAAGGAGGACAUCAACACGUGUUAGAGGGGUGGAUUAAGCUAAUUUUCUUUUCAUCUGUCGUCUGUGAGGACUCAAACGAAGGCUUAAACCGGGUGUCAGAUGUCAAGUAAGGCACGUCACCUUGAAACCCAUUCAUCACGCAGUCAUUACUCCUGGGACACCCGAGCCAGGGCUGAACGCGUUUUCCACGCUUAAUUCUUCGAUUUCUUCACUUCUGACGUUUCCCAAAGCAGAAAAAGCAAACCUGAGAAAGACGUCAUCUUUAAGACUCUGCUUUUCCUUUUUUUUUUUUUUCUUUUCCCCGUACUGGGAAUCAAACUCAUGACCUCAGGCUUGCCAGGCAGGCACUGUGCCGCUGAGCUAAAUCCCCAGCCCCAAGACUCUGCUUUUCCAAUCUUGACAUCACUAUAUGCUUCUGAGGAGAAAUGGAAGACAGAAAGCUGCGAUUUGAGAUCGUGACACUAUUGCUAAUGACACCAGGAAAACUGCCACUUCAAGUUCUGAUAACUGUUCUGAACAUGUGAGUUUCGAGAAACAACGUGGUCUCAAGAAAGAGGGUGUAUACUGUAUAAUAUUGUCCACAUAUGCAUUCAUUAAUUACUGUCUCAUGUUUAUGUGUUUUCCUAGUAGUGUCUAUUUACAAAGGCAUAAAAACUACCCCAAAUGUUUAAGUAUUAAAUCACUCUAGCAUUUUAGAAAUAUUAAUUUACUUGAACAGAAAUAGAAAGUAGCAAAUUCUGUAAAGCAUGUGUAUUCAGUGUUGCGUAGUUUGAUCCUUUUUCUUGUGUAGUCUUUCUGUCAUGUAGUUCUAGCCGUGAAAAUCAUCAGAACUCCUCACUGAAGCUAGGAGGCUUGGAAAAAUAUAUAUACUUGAAGAAAUAAUCCAAGUGUGUGUACCAACCCCCAGCUCAGAAGUAGAAAGGGUUUAAGUUUGCUUGUAUUAGCUGUGCCUUCAUUAUUUUGCUAUGUAAAUGUGACAAAUAUAAAAUGGUGCAUAAUCAAAUGUUACUUUUGGCAUACAGGAAGGAUUUUUAAGAAGAACAUAUUUAAUAUGAGACUUUUAGCUUCUUUGUGGGUUUUGAAUUAUGUGUCAGCCAAUGUUCUAUAAAAAAAAGCAUAAAGUUGUUUACUACUGUGGUGUUAAUAAAAUAGUAUUUUCAAAAAAA